AUGUCUCAGCCCUGUCUCAGCCCGUCCAUGUCUCAGCCCGUCCAUGUCUUCAGCCCUCCCCAUGUCUCAGCCCCCGCCCAUGUCUCAGGCCCGUCCAUGUCUCAGCCCGUCCAUGUCUCAGCCUGGUCUCAGCCAUGUCUCAGCCCGUCCAUGUCUCAGCCUGCCCAUGUCUCAGCCUGCCCCAUGUCUCAGCCCGUCCAUGCCUCAGCCCCUGCCCAUGUCUCAGCCAUGUCUCAGCCCGUCCAUGUCAGCCCUCCAUGUCCAUGUCUCAGCCCGCGUCAUGUCUCAGCCCGUCCAUGUCCAGUCUCCAUCUCAGCCCGUCCAGCUCAGCCUGUCCAUGUCUCAGCCCGUCCAUGCUCAGCCCAUGGUCCAUGUCUCAGCCCGUCCAUGUCUCAGCCCAUGUCUCACAUGUCUAAGCCCGUCCAUGUCUCAGCCUGCCCAUGUCUCAGCCCGUCCAUGUCUCAGCCCGUCCAUGUCUCAGCCCGUCCAUGUCUCAGCCCGUCCAUGUCUCAGCCUGCCCAUGUCUCAGCCCGCCCAUGUCUCAGCCCGUCCAUGUCUCAGCCCGCCCCCAGUCUCAGCCCGCCCAUGUCUCAGCCCGUCCAUGUCUCAAGCCCGUCCAUGUCCCUCAGCCCGCCCAUGUCGUCAUGUCUCAGCCCAAGUCCAUGUCUCAGCCGUCCAUGUCUCUCAUGCUCAGCGUCCAUGUCUGUCUCAGCCCGUCCAUGUCUCAGCCGUCCAUGUCUCAGCCCGUCCAUCUCAGCCGCCCAUGUCUCUAGCCCGUCCAUGUUCUGUCUCAGCCCGCCCAUGUUCAGCCCGUCCAUGUCUCAGCCCGUCCCAUGUCUCAGCCCCGUCCAUGCUCAGCCUGUCUCAGCCCGUCCAUGUCUCAGCCCGUCCAUGUCUCAGCCCGCCCAUGUCUCAGCCUGUCCAUGUCUCAGCCCGUCCAUCCAGCCCGUCUCAGCCCGCCCCUCAGCAUGUCUCAGCCCGCCCAGUCUCAGCCCGCCCAUGUCUCAGCCGUCCAUGUCUCUCAGCCCGUUCCAUGUCUCAAGCCCGUCCAGUCUCAGCCCGUCCAUGUCUCAGCCUGCCCAUGUCUCAGCCCGUCCAUGUCUCAGCCCGCCCAUGUCUCAGCCUCCAUGUCUCAGCCCGUCCAUGUCCUCAGCCCGUCCAUGUCUCAGCCCGCCUGCCCAUGUCUCGCCCGUCCAUGUCUCAAGCCCGUCCAUGUCUCAGCCCGUCCAUGUCUCAGCCCCGUCCAUGUCCGUCCAUGUCUCAGCCCGUCCAUGUCUCAGCCUGCCCAUGUUCAGCCUGCCCAUGUCUCAGCCCUUCAUUGUCUCAGCCCGCCCAUGUCUCAAGCCCGUCCAUGUCUCAGCCCCUCAUGUCUCAGCCCGUCCAUGUCUCAGCCCGCCCAUGUCUCAGAGCCAUGUCUCAGCCCGCCAUGUCUCAGCCCGUCCAUGUCUCAGCCCCCAUGUCAUGCCCAUUCUCAGCCCGUCCAUGUCUCAGCCUCCAUGUCUCAGCCCGUCCAUGUCUCAGCCUGCCCAUGUCUAA